CUAACCUUAGAGAAUUGGGCCCAGUCUUAGCCGGCUGAUCGAUCCAUCCGAGCCGAACCACUCCAUCAGCUUUUAUGUUCAGCCAACCGCUUUCUGUCAUCACGUCCUUUUCUUCCCUACACGAUAAUACUCGGGCUCGUGCUCGCAUGCCCAUGCGCCUUUGUAACGAUGGGAGACUAGUUCUAAGCCGGCGUGCGACAGUGAAGCAGAGGUAGAUGGAUAGCCACAGAAUGGAAAUGUGAAGAACCACAGGCUGUUGGCCUCGACAGCGACACGAAAUAUAGGGACGUGCCACCAUCAAGAACGCAAAAGUCGACUUGGUAGCUGCUGGGAUUUACAGCUUGAUAGCCCCACGUGCGCCACCCCUUGCCCUUGCCGUUGGGUGAUGCAAACAAAAAGAAAAGUUGCUGCUUGUGGAAAAAGUGGCAGCUGUGGCAACAAAGGAAGCCGGCGAAGACAGCGAAAACAGCAAGUGUUUGAUGAAUGCUAAAUCUCCCUAAGGUUUCAUGUUUACGGCUGCCUUUGGACUUUAGACUACAUCGCCAGCACUCUGAUUUGUUUUGCGCAAGUUGGACACCUUGAACCAAUUCUAACAAACACAUUGACGCCCCGCCAGUCAUACUCCCUGAUACUCGUCACCGGCUUUCAAAAUGGAGUCCCUUCGAGGUCAGCUCGCUGAAACCCAAAGUGCACUUACUGAACGUGAUAAAAAGUUCCGCCAGCUACGAGCCGAGCAAAAAGUGUGGCUAGAGGAGAAAUCAAGUCUCGAAGCCAAGAUCGCACGUCUCGAGUCCGAGAAUAUGAGGCUUCUUAGAACGCCACCUACUCCAGACGAUAAGCCCAAGCAUCGCAUUUCAUUGGACGCUCAGCAAGAUAUGGAGGAGGGAGAAAAUGUAACCUUGAAACGUUCACAGGUGAAGCAGGCGGAGAAACAGUUCCAGCAAAUGGCGGGUGAGCUUGCUGAGAAGACCAAACAGUGCGAUGUGCUUACAGCAAAACUCGCACAAGCCAACCCAACAUCGACGCUUGAAUUGAGUAAUGCUGAAGCUGUGACGCGAUGGAACCAACUCCGGGCACAGAUCAGGAGUUUAUCACGAGACCACCUCGGCAAAGGAUUUGCACAAAGUCUACCUUUGCCAAGCAAGUCCAAAGACGAAUUCAAGAUGCUCUCGCCGCACUGGAAGAGCUAUACAAGUACGCCCAACGUGACUAGCUACUUCCUUCGCGCUCUCAUUUGGCGAUACCUACUGCGGUAUUUCGAAGUACCGUGCCGUGCCUUUGGACGCGACAUCAGCAUGAAGAUGAGUGCUGUGGCGGCAGGCUUGUGGAAGAAAAUACCGGAUGUCGAAUAUCACGAUUGGCGUAUUCGUACCGCGGCUCUGAUUCACAAGGCCCAUUCAAUAGACAAAAGUCUCAUUGAUGAAAUAGUAGUAAAAGUCCAGGAGGCGAUUUCACCACUAGUGGCCGAUACAACUUCCUCUAUUCUCAAAGUUUCAAUACGUAGCAUCGUCGAGACAACAGCUAAACUAAGUGCUGCGUUCGAUGUAUCUAACUUCGUUGUUCUGAUGACCAACGAGCCUGGAGGCACUCUUAUACACGGCUUUCCGUACGUGGAAAAGUUAAUGGACAUGAAAGUAAAGCUUGGGGCACAGGAAAUGGUAGAUUUAAUGGUCACACCAAGUCUACUAAAGAGAGAUGCCGACUAUUCGGUAUUGGUAAAGGCAGAGGUAGUCUGCUAAUGACGACAAUGAAAUGGCUAGAGGACAAGAACCGCUUCGAAAAUUGCUCGUCAACGAAACGACGAGUUUUAAGGCGUUUCAAGGGGAGUUGGAAACAUCCCUUUACAUAGAAUGGACAAGAAAUAGAGGGGCCUCUCUGAGGUACGGUAGCUGCGAAUUCCUCGAUGCUUGAAAAUAUUGUUUCCAACUCAUAGGCUGACUUUUUAUCAGUAGCCAUUACCUGCCUAUUAU